AUGCAGUACGUGCAGAGCGACACUCGACCCUGCGAGGCGGCCUCCCUGCCCAGCGACGCCAUUCCCGGCGCCCUCCCGCCUGGCUUCGACAGGGAGCCGCUGUGCACACUGCCGCCCGCCUUCCUGCGUGGCCCCGUGUAUGAGUUCUACCAUACAGCAGCGGCCUCCCUCCAAGUGCCGGAGGCCCUGCGGCCCGCUCUCGCCCAGCUGUCGCUCCUCCUGGACGCCAAGCCCGUCUGGACCCCCGCGAGCCUGAUGGAAAAAAUCGCGCCCCUGCCCGCGAGCGACGCUGCUGCACUCCUGCCGCACCUCUGCUACAAGUUCAGAAGCGGCCCCUGGAAGGGUGCCUGGGUGAGGCGAGCCUACGACCCCCGGGCCCACCCGGAGGCCCGGCGCCUCCAGACCCUGGCGUAUGAGCUGCCAGAGGCAUGGUGGCAGCGUCUCGUGGAAGUCAAGGCGGUCCAGAAGGCUCAGGCCGCCGAGGAGGCCCCUGCCGGGCCUGCUGGGGCAGGCAACGCUGGGCAGGAGCCACGGCCCCUCCCCCUGAUCACUCCCCCACCGCCCGCGACAUGGGCUCAGCUGCACUCGUUCCAGGCGCUGCCGAGCCAGCGCACCACCCUGUUCCAGGUCGGGGAGAUCGAUGACGGAGAGGUGCAGGCGCUGCUGAACGACGCCAGCAACUUCAGCGAGAGCCUGUGCGAGGCUGCAGGCUGGUACACGCCGUCAUCCUGGAGUGCAGUGAAGGCAGCAGUGGCUGCCCAGUUUGGCAAGCUGAUUGACUCAGGAUUCAAUGGUCACUUCAGGUGGACCACCAGCUGA